AUGGAACAAAAGAUCUUGGCGACAGUUUUCCACGCAUGGAUUCCGGGAUAGGACAGACGAUGAACUUUCGGGCUUUGAUCGAGAAACAGUACCCGUUUGAUACUUCAAUGAGAUCCACGUCAAAUUUGAUCUGCUGAAUUAUUGCGCAUGCUGGAUGAGACAGAAGUCUAUCGACCGCUUGAAAAUGCUGAAUCAGCUUGUCACGCAACACUUCGUUAGCCAGAAGUUUAUGCAAGUAACUAGUUACAUCCAUCAUUUUUACAAACGUUAAAUUUGAACCCUCUGGUUUGGUGUAAAUUUCUGAACGAUAUAAGGCGUGGUCGCAUAACUUCAUGCAUUUAUCGAUGUUGUUUAUCAAGGCGGCGACAUCGUUGUUGGAUGAGAACGGUGGAUUGUCCAACUUUACAACGCAUGCAUUACCGAGAUCAACAACAAGUCCGUCUGAUUCCAGCUUUGUAACUGCUGUAGCCACACGAUCCCGAAACUCGCUUUCGUUUACGACGAUUAUACAGCAGGGGACAUUGGGGAAAUGAGUUGAAACAAACUCGGGUUGAUCAUCCUCUUCAUCAUCAUCUGACGGCGUUCCCUCGGAAUUCUUGCAGCAAUACGCGUUUGAUAUUUGGAGCAUCUCCUGGAUGGUGUUGUUGCUGUGAUCCUUGACCACUUGGAAUAACUGUUUUGCAGCUUUUUCCAUUUCAUUAUUGCUAUCGGAUGAUUUUCGCACUCGAAUUCGCGAUACCUCUGCAUCUAAUUCUUCGUUGUGAAUGGUGGAAAACAAGAUCUUCUCGUUGCAAGUUGCGCAUUCCUUGUACACGACGAAGUAGGCAAUCGCUGGGUAGCUUUCAGGCGUGUAACUUGUUUCGUUGUCGUCGUCUUUCGCGGAUUUUGCGUUGCACAUGACACUUGUAACGCAGGAAAAAAAGAAUUGAACGCCGUUCAUUGAAGAAACCACUUGGUCAAGGCGAAGUCGCUUUGAAGCGAUCUGAUUUCUUGCGAUGUCAAUGUCUGUUUCACGAACUCUCCAAACAGCACGGCAUGCUACCGCUUCCAACUGUUCGGUGAUCUAGACGAAUUUAAUAAAUUGACUGCAUGAAUUGCCGUGAAUUCAGCUGCAUAACAUGCUAUUAUUGACCACAGGGCCACUACAAUGAAUUAAGUUUGCUCAAUAAACUUACCAAUGGCAAAAUGUUUGCUCGAAGUGAAUCCUCGAUCCUUUUCGAGUCCAAUUGCUUGCGAGGUCGCGGUGGCAUUUUUAAAAUGAUGAUUUAAUAUACUUUAAAAAACAGCUGUUUCGUAAAUCGUCUGUGAUUUUUAAGCGUUUGGAAGUAUCUACAUUUGCAUAGCAACGAAGUGGAACAAUAUAUUUUACUUUGGUCAUCACCACUUCCAGCAUCAUUACACCACCACCACCAUCAUCACCACCACCAUUAUCAUCACCACCAUCACCACUUCCAGCAUCAUUACACCACCACCACCACCAUCAUCACCACCAUCUCAUCACCACCUCCAGCAUCAUUACACCACCACCAUCAUCAUCACCACCAUCUCAUCACCACCUCCAGCAUCAUUACACCACCACCACCAUCAUUACCACCAUCAUCAUCAUCACCUCCAGCAUCAUUACUCCACCACCAUCAUCAUUACCACUAUCUCACCACCUCCAGCAUCAUUACUCCACCACCAUCAUCACCAUCUCAUCACCACCUCCAGCAUCAUUACACCACCACCAUCAUCAUUACCAUCAUCAUCACCACCUCCAGCAUCAUUACUCCACCACCACCAUUAUUACCACCAUCUCAUCUCCAGCAUCAUCAUCAUUACACCACCACCAUCAUCAUUACACCACCACCAUCAUCAUUACCACCACCAUGACUACCAUCAUCCAUGAGUCAUUGCAUCUUAUUGAGUUAAUCUGCUUGCUAAUUGUCAUUGCAAAUGACUUUGAAACAAAUUAAUAACCACAAUAACUUUUAUAACAUUGUUUGGUUUAGAUUUGUGAUUUUCUUUUGGCUCGAGUCGUCGACCCAGAUCAUGAUCACACUGGAAUCUUGACGGAAUAUGUUGCAACCAGAUGGUAUCGUGCUCCAGAAAUCAUGCUCAACUCAAAGGGUUAUUCAAAAGCAAUUGAUGUCUGGUCUGUUGGGUGUAUUUUGGCUGAGAUGUUGUCGAACAAACCUCUCUUUCCUGGCAAACAUUGUAUCCUUGUGUGCUGGUUCUUGCUUGGUGAACUCAGGGCGAACUAGUGUUCAAGAUUGCAACCAAAUUUUGAGCUUUUAGACAAAUUUAUACUGUAAUACACAGUUCGUUGAUGUGUUUCGCGUGAUUUUUUUUAAUUGUGAUUUUUUAAAUAUUGUUCAUUUUUUUUUAAGUUCUACUUGACCGCUCACAAUUCAAAAGAAAUUGAGCGGAAAAUUGGGACAGCGAAAUAUUUCUUGCAAAUCGCGCAAUUAGCGGAAUUUCUACUGUUAGCGCGUGUCGAUUUCUUGAAACGAGUUAAUUGAUUUGUGAGCUCACGAGAAAGUACUCAGAAUACUUUGGCUAAAUAUCAUGGUUAAAUAUGUAAACAUGUCGAGGUUGUUAUACAGCCAUAUUUUCAAAUAUACUGCACUUUACUGCAACUGUCCAGUCACGCAUACGUGAUAAAAAGCCGAUAUAAGCGUUAUAAACAAAACAUAAUGUAAAGCGUAACAGAACGGCGAACAUGCAGAUUCGACCAUCUCUAAUAAUGGUAAUGUUGGGAUAGUAGCGUUGCAUGCUGCAGAGGACCCCAUGGAAAACCUCCACCCCUCCUUGCAGAUGAGGUAGAUCCGCCCCUGUCUUCCCUGUUGAGUAGUAAAAUCGUCUGGUGUUAGACAGUUAGUAAUUGGUGAAUGAAAGCCAAACAACUGAUGCUUGGCGAACAAAUAAGGAGAAAAUAUACAUAGGGUUAAGUUGAAAAUAAAAUGCAAAACGAAGGGAGAAAUUUCUCCCUAAAAUUUUGGCAUAUUGUGCUAUAAAAUGGGCUAGGAGAUAUCUAACGAUGGUACAAGUACACUCAAUAAAUAAAUCAUUCUUAACUAUAGAAUUACAGAUUUGGAUCAGUUAAAUCACAUUCUAGGUGUUCUAGGAUCGCCUACUUUGGACGAUUUGCAGUGUAUAAAGAAUGAUAAGGUACGCUGGAAAUUUUAAUAUAAACAACACCGCGCAAAAAGAAAGUUCCCUCCUAAAUUGUUUCAGCACAGAUUCUAAACAAAUGAAUCCCUGGUAAUCACACCAGGUACCAAUUAGACCUAUGGUACAGUAGUUUGCCUGAUGCUGUGUGAAGAAUGAGCUAACCCAUGCUUGAAAGAAUGACUUAUCCUCCACAGAAUACAAAAAUACUCAGUUGCAAAAUUUUAUUGAAAUUGAUCAUGUCAAAGCUCGUAUAUGAAGUAAAGUUUAAUUUUUAGGCAAGAAGCUAUAUUCAAGCUUUACCUUGCAAGCAAAAAAUUCCUUGGAGCAGAUUAUUCCCAAACGCUAACCCCAAAGGUAAGAUGCAAGCGUAAUGUAUACAAUAGAAUUACCCAAGACCAAUCUUAAACGUAUUUGUGUUUAUAUUCAUUCGUCCCAGUCCCUUGCACCAGGGCUCGAAUUUUAUCGCGGCAAUUGCCGUAGAGGGAGUACAAAAUGUUGUGGAUCAUUGCGGAAACGACGGCAAUUUUUUGCCGUAUAGUAUAAUUUUUAUACUAUUCACUAAAUUACUAUAUUAACAAUAAAAUUAAAUUUUUGUUACAGUAAUUUGAAAAAAUGCCGUGGAAACUGCCAAAAUUGCCGUAGACAGCUGUUACGUUCUACGGCAAUUUUUAACGCCAUUGCCGUCGAUUGAUUUCAGGGAAAUUCGAGGCCUGCCUUGCAUACACGUGUAUUAUAAAUAAUACUUGCGACGCUUAGAAUAAACUAAUUUUUCAGCAAAUGAUUUGAAUCCAUUUGGUAAAGACACAAUUACUGUUUAUGUUUUUCAAUCAAAUUGAGGUCAGACUCACAAGCUAGUUCAAAUUGAACUUGAUUUAUUUUAACCGAUCCAUUCAUUUUCUUUUUCAAUAGCUCUGGAUCUACUUGGUAAAAUGUUAGCCUUCAAUCCAAACAAAAGAUAUUCAGUUGAAGAAUGCUUGGCACAUCCUUACCUUGAACAGUAUUACGAUCCGACGGGUGAAGUGAGUGUGCCGUUAACAACAGAGAGAAAUCGAGAUUGAUAUCAAGGACAAACUACUAUACAAUACUCCAGUCUAGACAAAUCUCUUGUGAUGACUACUGUCAUUUCCUUGAUAUUUACAGUAGAUCUUCUUUUACGCAGUCCAUUGAUCUCUUCUCAUUAUGUGUCCAUACCAUUUCAGCUCUGCUUUCUUCACCUUCUUUGCAAUGUCUACCACCGCAUAUUGGAUCUUUUCAUUCCAUAGUCCGUCACCCACUUUCCUUCAUUUCUUCCUAUUACGUGUCCAUAUUCUUCAUCUGUUUCUAUUACGUAUUUAUUUCUCUUACCUUCUCUGUAUUGUCUGCCACCUCACAUCUUCAGAUUUCUUCAUUCCACAAUAUCCCUGACUGGCUCUCCUUUGUCUCUUCUCAUUUCGUAUUCACAUAUUCCCAGCCUAGCUUGCCUCUCCUUCUCUGUAAUGUCUACCACGUCGCAUUAUCUUCUGAUCUCUUCAUUACAUAAUGUCUCUGACUGUGUAUACAUAAAGUCCCUGACGCAAUCUCCUUCCUCUCUUCUUAUUACGUGUCUAUAUAUUCCCAGCAUUGCUUGCCUCACAUUCUCUGUAAUGUCUUCCACCCCACAUCUUCAGAUCUCAUUAUUCUUCAUCUUGUCCUUCAGCGAAACCUCCAAGACCCAUCUUAACCUUGUCAUCUCUGUCUUUCUCAUCAGCUCUUCUUUUCUCCGCAGCGUGCAACUCUGUAGGAUUUCACACUUUAACUUUCGGAUUAUUUUAAUUUCAGCCAAUCGCUGAGCAGCCAUUCAGAUUUGAAACGGAGCUUGACAAUCUUCCAAAGGAGGAACUCAAAGGUAAAAAUAGCGUAAAAGUCAUGUGUUUAUUUAUAUACUUUGUAUCAUUUCUUUGUAAAUGGUUCUUCCUAGAGAUCCAGUAAGGGUCCGUCCCUUACUUAUCCAGUGUUGCAACAGGAAGAAAACGAAAGUAAACUAACUUUAUUUCAACUGGAUAGCGCUGUCAGUUCUAUACUAUUCUGCCUGGUGUAAGACUGUGUGCUUGGUAGAGUCAAACUGGAAGCGCUCUUCUCAUAUGUGACUGAGGCGAAAUUAUAAUCACAGAACUAUAUAGUGCAGGAAUCGAACCUCGUGAAAUUGUCUGACCACUGGACAUUCUGUCCAACCUAAGUGAAUCUGAGGUUUAUUGUUUGUCUGAUCCGAGUGAAUGAACCUAUUCCCUAAUGAACAAAAUUUUGAUCUAGACAAGUCCAGACAAAAAUUUUAUCACGGCUUGAAAGAGCAUCGCAAAAUUAGUAAUAUUCUGUAAUUUCGUUGCAAAAUGUUGUAAAAUGCGGAUAAUAUACUGUAGCCCUGCGAAGUUUGCCGUUUUUCAGUCAUUUUGUAUUACGCGCGGGAAAUUGAUAUCGCUUUCUGAAAAAAGGUAUCAAUUUCCCGUGCGUAAUACAAAAUGACUGAAAAACGGCAAACUUCGCAGGGCUAUAUUAUCCGCAUUUUACAACACUUCGCAACGAAACUUCGGAAUAUUACGAAUUUUGUGAUGCUCUUUCAAGCCUUGAUAAAAUUUUUGUCUAGACUUGUCUAGAUCAAAGUUUUGUUUAUUAGAUAAUAUGUCCAUUGGUGCCCGACCUAAUUGCAACUUUGUCCAACGUAAAUCAAAAUGUUCCCUAAUCCAGGACUAGAGGCUUGUAUGUUAAAUGGAAAAUCAGAGUAAUGUAUAAAAAGUGAACUGGAAAUGUGUGAUCAAGUGCGGGUUUUCACCGUGGGGGUUGGAAAUUCAUUGCAAAGAUUCAAAUGACUUUUCCAAAUUGUGCUGAUAUUAAUUUGCAGUAAUAAUGCAUUUACUUUCAGUCACGGGCGGAUUUACUGGGGUUUAGGGGGGGGGGGGUUAAACCCCUCCUAGAAUCUCUUUAACCCCUCUUAUAAAGUGUUCAACCACACCAAAAUUUUGCUUCACCCCUCCUUUUUAGUGCAGAGUUUCUUUGAAACUGUGCACUAUUGUGAUGAGUGGCGAAAAUUCACAUCUGUCAUACAUCAGAUAUCAUAGAGUAAACGUUCCGGGGGGUGUAUACGAUUUAUCGUCGUGGUAAUUUAUUCUACUUAGUCAAUGCUUUGAAGGUUAUUUAGGCAAUUUCAGUUGUCUUAUUUAAAUACUUAUUUUGUCCUUUUGCCAAGUUCACAAAAAUUUCCAGGAAUUGUUGUUAUUGCAAAUUUUUGUCAAUUUUAUAACAUUUGCUUCUUCGUGUUGUGUGAAAGAUCUUUCCCCCGGAACACCCAUUUUUUCUUUAGCAGCGCAAAUGCGCAUGUGCUAUCAAGCUGUAGAUCACGAUGGCGUGACGAAUGACGAUGCUAGGAAGGAGCGACACUGCCGAACAGUGUUGUUUUCAAAUUAUAAACAUUUUUAUAGACGUGAAUAUCGAGUAAAUCUUUGAGAAUCUACGCAAUAUAUAAAUUGAUGUUAUGACUUAUGCAUUGUGGGCAUUCAAUUAAGUACCGAUAUUAUUUUGACGGUAUAUUCAAUUUCAAUAUACAAAGCUAGGAAGCAGCGAGACAGUGUUGUUUUGUCUUUUGAAAUGUAUGAACAUUUCAGGCAUGAAUAUUGAGAAAAUCUUUGAGAUUCUACGCAAUAUAUAAAUUAAUGUUUUGCAUUACGGGCAUUCAAUUAAGUGCCGACGGUAUAUUCAUUAUACAAAGCUAGGAAGCAGCGAGACCGUGUUUUCAAAUGUAUAAACAUUUCAGACAUAAAUAUUGAGAAAAUCUUUGUUUACGUGUAUAGCACAACGGUGCAAACUCGUGUUCAGUGCAACGAAAACUCUGUAUCAAAGCUUGUCAAAACUGCUAUAUAAACACUGCAAUAACUGUGAAACUAUUGAAAUCUAAAGUUACAUUAUUGAAUACAUGCGAAAAGCUGAAAAUGACUCAUGAACAACAACGUGACCUUCGAAAUAUAUCAAAGGUCAAUGAAACUUGUUAUUGUGAAACACGUCAUAAUUAGAUUAAAAUGCGGAAAGCGGAUGCGGAUUCACGGAACGGAUAUGGGGAUAAAAUGCGGAUGAAAUGCGUCAUUUUAAUGCGUUUUCGCCUCUUAUUUACGUUUCUGUGUUUUAGAUUUGUGUUCCUUUUUUGUAAUGGAAUACAACGUCGUAGUGCUUAUUAUUCAUAACAUAUCUUAUACAGCUAUUUUCUCAAGUUGUCACUGAGACGAUAGCCAAAUGGGCGCUAAAAGGAUGGUGGGAAUAAUCACAGAUUUAAAAAGUCACCUAGGUUGCCGGCGACCCUAUAUAGUGUCGUUUUCAAUUGGAAACUUUACAACAUUAUAACAGAAAUUAUGCCUUGUGACUAAUAUUAUAUGAGGAAAUAAAUAAUAUUACAUAACUCUCGUCAUUCUUUAAUCUUAAAGUAUUAGAUUUAAACCAUAUCGACAUGUGAUUAAAGCUAUAAACCACGCUUGAAAAAACUAUUCAAUUAAUAAGUAUGUCAAUAUAGCGUUCGUCUUUGAAACUCUGCACUAUCCUUGGAUCCCUAGUUAUAUAAAAGGUCUCAGUUCGUUCGUAUUGGGUCGGAUGCAUCUACACUUCAAUAUAUCAAUGGUGGUAUUCCACAAGGUACUAAGCUUGGCCCGAUCCUCUUUGCCGUAAUGGUGAAUGAACUUUUGUCUGCGUGGGGCCCCCGUGCUAAGUUCGUUGAUGAUCUUACCGCUUUGGAUAUUGUACCUAGAAAUUCCCCUUCCUUGAUGAAUCAUAUCGUGGCAGAUAUACACUCGUUUGCUGAAGUGAACAAUAUGAAGCUGAAUCCUGCCAAGUGUAAAGAUAUGAUUGUUAACUUCAUUUCAAUACUAGUGUUUUGCAACCUAUCAUCAUUGGUGCAACACGCGUGGAAUCUGUUUCAUCAUUUAAACUGCUCGGAGUGUAUGUUACCAGUGAUUUAACAUGGUCUGUGCAUUGCGAAUACAUUAUUAAGAAAUCCAAUAGGCGUUUAUAUGCGUUGAGGAAGCUUAAGAGGAGUGGGGUAGCCCCAACAGACAUCCUAUGUGUUUAUUGUGCAAUUAUAAGAUCAGUAUUGGAAUAUGCUUCUGUUGUUUUGGCCAACCUUCCUCAAAAUCUUAGCGACGAUCUUGAAAGGGUCCAGAAACGAGCACUGGCCAUAAUAUAUUCUAACUGUUCCUAUGAUGAUGCCCUAAAACUAGCUGGUAUCGAACCGCUUGUCUUACGGAGGGACGCCGCCUGUAAGAGAUUUGUGGAGACAAUCCUACCUGGAAACCCACUCUAUCCAAUUGUUCAUAGCCGGUCAGCACCAGUGAACCAUGGUUAUAAACUUAGAUCUGACAAUGUUGCGAGGAAUAUCAGAAUGCGAACAGACCGGUUUCAGAAAUUCGUUACCAUUAAGUAUGCGACCUGAACUGUGAUCGUUGAACCUAAUAACUCUAUUGUCUAGUUAUACAUUCAUUUUUAACUAUAAUAAAUUAUGUACACCUCUCAGAUAAUUUUGUAUAAGUUUUAUAUACUGUAAAUAAUAUCCGUAAAUAAGAUUUUUGUAAUGACGUGUAAUUCAGUUUCUACUGCAAGGGGAUUUUUAAUAAACUAUUACUAACUAUUACUAUUACUAUUUUGUGUGAAAAUCUUUAACCCUAACGCCUAACCCCUGCCGAAGCUCACUCAGUGAUGCGCUUGCACCCCACUAGAAUUUUUUCCACCCCUCCUUUCAAAAAUCUGAAAAUCCGCCCUUGCGGCUUCAUUAAAUGAAGUUUCUUCUUGAAUAUUUAUAUUCUAUUUUCUCCAAUUUACAUUUCAGAAUUGAUUUAUGCGGAAACAGCCAAUUUCAUGGUGAAAUAAAGACGAGGAGUAUGGCUUAGUAUAACUACCAGAAUUAAUGUAUUAUAUAUGAAAUGUUUUUCUCGCGUGAAGUACAUUUAAAAAGCAAGA